UUUGCGAUACCCUGUACAACCCCUCGCGUACGUGAGUAGAGCUCCACCCCGAGCUCCUCCGCUGGCGAGCAGGAAACUGCCCCAGCUACACUGCUAGCACCACUCUAUGCCCGGUUCGUCUACCCGCGAUACCUCCCCGACCUCGUCCUCUUCCCAAGGGAGGAAAGGUCGUAAUAAACGGAAACAGAAGCUUACCGGAAGUGAUGCGCCAGUCUCAAAGAAAGAAAAAAAGAAUGCUAAAGAUAGUGGUGGGGUUGUGGCAGCGGUGACGAGACAUGGAGCCAAGUUCGCUAAUGGCUAUAAUGCCAGAGAAGAUGCCUAUCCACCCUCGGAUUCUCCCCUCUCUCCCGAGCUGAAACCCGCGAGUCCCGCCUCGAUUCCCACAAAUGGUAAUGUGACGACCUCUCCAAUGUUAGAUGCCGUUUCGACAACAUCGGCUUCUGCUAGCACAGCACCGAGUGCUAAUGACUGGGCGCGGGCGAUGGGAACUCUAGGUGCUUCACCUUCUAACUUGAUAAGCAUCAUGGGUGACUCUCCACCCACUCAGCCAUCGUCAUACGAAGACCCGAGGGCCAUGCCAUAUGCUUGGAGUACUCAGCAGAGACAGCACUAUGUUAACAGCAACGCGUAUUCAGCUUCUCCUCCAGGCAGUAUUAGGCGACCUUUGAGCUUCCAGUUGGACUCUCACUACGGCCCGAACGACGCCCGAUCUCAGGCAUCGUCACCUCCUGGUGGCAUACGAAGGAGCUCCAUGCAUUCCCCAUAUCUUCCGCCGCGAGUUGGAUCCCAUCCACCGUUGCCCCAUCAGCCUCAGGCCCAUUUCUAUGGCGCUCCGGAGAUUGACUUUGAUAUGAACCCUAAGGCUGGUUUGAAACCGGGUGAGAAGGGAUUCCACUUUGGUUUCGAUACUCUUCCGAAUCCAAAUGGAUUUCACACCCCAGGAAGUGACAACGUGGUUCUUGCAGGCUACGAAGGCGGCCUAGACAUCUAUAGUGUUGGAAAACAUGCCGUAGAGCCACUUGCUAGCCUCAGGGGGUUGCGAGGCGGCGUCUAUAACGCAAAGAUCCUACCAUGGAACGGGACACCGGAUCCAUAUGGUAUCUUUCCUUUAGUUGCCCUUGUCAUCCAUGGACCAGUCAUGCCUCCGAAUACUCCCGAGGUCACUAUUGAGACGCAUUUCGAUGGUUCGCCUAGCCCUCGGCUCGAUGGAAUUCACACGCCGCAAUCGGACACCAACCGGGGGCAGCCGGGCAUUGGAAAAGCGGUCCCAACGAUUGAUGCAUACCAGACGACCGUUGAGGUGUACUCUUUAGCGACGAACAAACUGAUUGAUGUACUACUGCAGGCACCAAAAACCCCCAUCAAAACAUUGGUAUCAAACCCGAUUCUCAGAAGUCCUCCACCGUCCGGGGCUUUCCAGAUCCGUGCUGAUGCGGGGAGUCUUGUGGUUGCUUCUGGAGCCACGGGAGAAUGCUGGGUCUACCGGCAGGAAAUCUCCGAACAAGAACCUGGAUAUCAGUUCUAUUGCAUAGGGAAAGUAUGGACGAGCUUGAAUGGGAUUUCAGCUCCUGAAAAGGAGCGGGGCAAGAGUCCACUACCCACUGGCCAGCGUCCACAGAUACCCAUCAUGGCCCUGAAUGGUAGGUGGCUAGCAUAUUGCCCACCAGCUCCAUCACCCCAGAAAUCUCUCAAUCCAUCCAUCCCCGUUCCGCUCCUAGGCAAAACACCUGGCUUGGCGAGCCUUGCAGCGCCAAUUUUGCCAAAUGAGAGCUCUGAAGUGGAUCAACCAAUGCCAGAUGGUGUCAUGAACCGCAUCAUGAGAGAAACCACCCAGGAGGUCUUGCAAGGGGCUCGAUGGUUUGGCAAACAAGGCGCCCAGCUAGGGGCCCAGCUCUGGAAGACUUACUGGUCUAAAUCUGGCCAGCAAACACCGACUCGACAACCCCAGAUAGGGUCUCCACCGUGGAGUGGAGGCUACUCGGGAAGAUCAGAUGCCUCACAAUUCCCUCCAACCUAUGGCAUACCGGGUCAAGCGGUAACAAAAGAACCGGGUCUCGUGUCGAUUUUAGACUUGCAUAGCUUAUCGAACUCCACGACCAUCCACCACGUCACCACCUUCAAGGUGCCACUUGGCUGCAGCUUCUUAUCGUUCGCCCCGACCGGUGUAUCUCUGUUUACUGCGAGCAGUAAGGGGGACGUGCAGACACUGUGGGAUUUGAUGCGUAUUCAACACACUAAAUCCUCUGCCUUGCAGAACUCAGCUUCGAGCAAUGGUCAUUCCACCCGGGUACGGCAAACCGCCCAGUUUUCACGGAUGACGGUUGCUCGCAUAGUGGAUGUGGCAUGGGCGAAGCCAAACGGAGAGCGAGCCGCCAUGGUGACUGAAAGAGGUACCGUGCACCUGCUCGAUAUGCCGUCAAGUGUAUACACGUGGCCGCCCCCGCGUCGUCGGGUCAAGGUCCAGGACGCGACGGCCAAUGGUUCAGAAAGCGCGCCUUCUGCCGUUUCAAUGGCAUCAAACGCGCUCAGCUCUGCUUAUGACGCCACUCGGACUUUGACCAACCGACAUCGGCGUAGUAGCUCGAACUCGCAAACGCCAUCUACCAUAAUGGACCAUGCUAGCUAUGGAGGUAAAGUGCUUGCUGCAGGAAUUAGUCAUUCGCUGGGCAAUGCCGGGACUGCCAUCAACCACUUGCGCCACACAGGUGAGAAUCGCGUCAGCCUUCCGCUCGGGAAUUUGUCUCCUAGUCCGUUUUGCGCGACUUGGGUCACUGGAAAGAAGUAUCAUGCCCUAUUCGUGCUAGGAGAUGGUAUGGUGAGGACCUUUCCCGGUAAAAGUAGAAGACCAACUGCCGGCAAGGACAGAUCACGUUUCCAUCGUAGUAAUAGGUAUAGGGAUUUCAAGCUGAGGAACUUGCCCGACGAUUUGAUUGCACCGUCCAUCAAACAGAUCAUCGACCCCAUCGAGGAUUUGGAUCUGAACAACCAUGACCAUGACGGUGGCAACACUUUGGUUUUCAACCCUCGACCUCAACUGGUCGACUCCGAUUACAGUCCGGAGGCUUCUAUCCCGCAAGCCGAGAUAGAGUCUAGCGCACCUUAUCAACCUUUCCACACGGACAGACGGGUAGGCGUGUAUAUAUAUGGUGAUGGAUCUUCCAACGAUCUUCCAACUUCGCUUUCCCAUCUUCUUAGCACCGCAACAUUGGACGACGGACCGAAGCGCAGCAAGCGUCGACAAGCCAAGACCCAGACGCCACCUUUGGCUUCAUCCAAGCAACCUUGGGCUUUUGGACUCGCCGUUAGCGCGAUCAGAAUGAACGCGGUGUCAGCCGUCAUGAUUGAUGAAGAGAUGGGGAAUAGUGUCGAUGAUCACCGAGCGCUCCCUGCGUCGGCGAUGGAACGAGUCCUGGAAGUUGGUGAGAACGAUGAGCAGAUUGUGGUCACAACCCGACGGCGCAGAGGUGGAAACAGGUCGCCCGACACGGACGAAGACGGUUUCUUUGAAGACGAUUGCGAAGUGCUCGAUUUUGCGGACCAGAGAGUAUGAGACAGAUUGCCAAAUCGCAAGAAGUUGACUCUAGGUUACUGGCAUGGGGCGUUCUUGUUCAACACGGAGACGGAUGCCGAGACUGCACAACAACAAAGACGUACAAGAAUGUCACCGAGCAAGGUUCGCCCUGCUGUCGACAUGGUGUCGAACCCUCGCUUGAUCUGGUUGGGAUUGGGAUGGGAACGGCUGGAUUGGAGUUAUUGCAUAAAUCAAUCACGUUGCAUUACCGAGACACACGAGAUGUAUAGAGAUCCUUCUCGUCCAUACGAGUUAAAUACACACAGCUCAAUUAGAUACCAUCAAGUCACCUUGGCUAUGCUUUUUUUUCUGUGUUUCUGUGUUU